UUUGGAUGCCGACUCCAACUCUCAAGGCGUCUCCAAGCGACACACCGGCUGUUGGUGGCACCAAGAAUCAGACGCCAGUUCGCCGUUUAUUCGCCACCCCCUCAUCUGCCGCCUGCUCUGGCUACAUCCUGACCUAUCAACUCGCCACGGGCCAGAGCAGACAAUGCUAGAUACCUCCGGCACGGCUGAGGGUGACCUCGCCCGGGACGGGUAUCAGCGGCUCACCGAAUCUUCACGAAGACGGCACAUUCGGGAGUUUAACAGCACUCCAAUGGAAAAGCAACUGACAUGUGUUCACAUUGUCGUCGUUACGGUGCCUAUUGUGUUUGUAUUUAUCAGUCUCACUGGAUCCAAGAUUGACGGUGAACCGCUGUCGGGCCUGUGCUUUGUUGGCAUUACCUCCCUCUGGGCCCAUUGCGCGCUAGUGGUGUUUCCGCUGGGAAUGUGCCUGUUCCUGAAAAUGUUCUACCUCUGUCGAGCAAUGAUUUUCAUGUCUCAACUCCGUGUCAAAUUUGCGGAAUCCUUUUUCCUCGUCGACCGUGAAAUGGCCCACCGUUUGGUUAUGAGCAUUCGUGCCUACGUCAUAUACAUUCUCGCCCUCCUCGGCCUGCUGCUCUUCUUCGUCGGAAUUCACUCCUACGUUUACGUACAGCAACCCCAUUGGCUGGAAUCUCAGCGGAACUUCUUUUUCUGCCAGCUGCGUCACAGACUCAUGGGCCUUGACGUUUUCGCCGCGUCCGUGGCCUGCCACAGUCCCUCCAGC